AUGUCUAAAUUUCUAAUUAUCUUUUCUCUUCUGAGUUUUUGGACAUUGAACAAUGGAAUCGUUUUUCAAGGUCAAUGCGCUGACAAUGAUCUCCUUUGUGAACAGCUUUGUUUAACGAUCACACAAGAGACUUACGAAUGUGGAUGUUGGAAUGAUCACACUUUGCUUGAUGAUGGACUAUCCUGCAGAUUGAAUGCAACGAAAAGCACGGCUCGCGAUCGGCCAACAGAGCGGCUCACAAGUCCGAAAACGACAACUGCAUUGCCAGCAGCUCAUCGAGAACCGAUUCAAUUGUUGCCUGUUGAUAAAGAUCCACCAUUGAGAUUUAAUGGUGAAAGUUAUGCGGAAUUUCUGCUUGAUGACUCGUUUUAUCUUCAAUCGAAUGUCACCAUUGAGUUCAAAAUCAACUCCAAUCAAGACAGCUUAUUGCUAUUUGCUGGAGAAUUUGAAGGAGAUGAUUUCUUUUCUCUAGCUUUUCAAGGACCAAAUAUUAUUUUACGAUUCGAUUGUGGUGAGGGACCCAUUGAGGAUAUGUAUAGAGGCCCGUUUAAAAGUGAUGAAUGGCACAUUUUGUCGGUUCAUCGGCGCUUCUGCGAGUACGCUGAUAUGAAGGCUGAUAUGGGGAGUCGCAUGGUCGACGAGACACAACAAUUUAAGUACUAUAAAGGGAUCACCGUUGAUCGAGGGAUUUUCAUCGGCGGAGCACCAAAGGAAAUCGAUUUUCUCGAUGGUCGAGCUGGAUCCGAUCAAGGUCUGGAUGGAUGUGUGCGAAGGGUGGAAAUCAACGGGAAAACGCUUUUCGACUCGCGCACUGGCACAAAUUUAGCGACAAAUAAGGAAACAUUGGAUUACUGUGAUGAAACGGGGAAAAGGGAUUUCGAGGAGAAGAAAAUUGAAGAGAAUGGGAAAAAUGGGGGAAAAUUGAAGCCAAAGAAAGAGGUGAAAGUGAAGGAGUUCGUCUUGCAAACGGGCCAUCGAUCCGAUGAAAUGAGAAGGAAACCUCACGUUGAGCCAUUCAUCCAUCCAGCGCCUCUAAACAAGAUCACCGAAAAGUUUGUACCGAAAGUGAAGAAAACCCUAGCGCCAAUCAAAAGUGAAACGAUUGAGACGGUUUUGUUGAAGAAAGAGAUUCUAUCGAAAGAGAUUUCCGGCAACGCUUCAUCUCUCAAAUCGAUGAGAAUCGUCGAGUUUUCCGGCGAUUCGCGUGUCACUUUGGGCGUUCCCGAUGACAUCGAGGACUAUCUCGAGAUCGUUUUUCACUUUAAACCAUCAAAAAAUCAGGGAAUCCUCUUCGCUUGGUCGGAUGCAAAACGAUAUUUGGUGUUGACGUUGGAAAGCGGUUUCGUCAAUGUGCACGCAUCGAUGGGUUUCGAUGCGAUCACGUUGAGAUCAGAAAGUGUUCUCUCGUUGCACACAUGGCACAAGGCUGAGGUCUGGCGAUCGGGAAAAGGAAUCUUGCUGAAGGUUGAUAAGCAAUCUUGGAUCGAAUCCGAGUUGCAUUCGGUGAGAUCAGUGGGUGAGAGCUCGAGAGGUGGAGUGGCCACAGUGGGCGGAUCCAAUGAGGCAACGCCCGGUCAUCUAUUACCGAUUCACGGUUUUCACGGAUGCAUGAAAAGGGUGGUCCUUAACGGUCACCACAUUCAUUUGGCCAGCCAACCCUCCGUCGGGCUACGUGAAUGCGGCUCAGAUCCAUGUGCAUCAAGUGGAUGUCCGAGCGGAUGCGCGUCAAGAUAUGACUCGUUCGUUUGUCUCUGUCAUUGGCCAACCUAUGGAGUAAAGUGUGCACAAAAGACGGAGAACUCGAUCGAGGCGAUGAAUUUUGGCGGGCAUUCAUUUCUCGAAUUUCACGCCGAUGACUACAUGCAACAUGUCACUGGUGAUCAGCUGAGAUUAGUGCUCGAGUUCAAGCUUACGAAUCGAAGCAAUCAAGGAGAAGAGAGUCAAGAUCAGAUUCUCGUUUUUGCUGGCUCCGAAGAGGAAUCGAGCGAUUUCUUGAAAUUGUUGAUCACAAAAGAGAGAAAAGUAAAAUUUGAGAUCAAUCUUGGAUCGGGAGUCGCCGAAUUGAUCCAUUCGACGACGAUUGGCUUUGAGAGAUGGACAACUGUGCAAGUGUUCAGAGAGCGUCGCAAAUUGCAUCUUUCCGUGAACAGCGAGUCGACAGUGACUACGAUCACUCCAGGCACUUCUGAGCAGCUAAACGUCUACAAAUCGUUGUACAUUGGCGGAUACGAGUCGGAUGCGAUGCACGCCGAGGGGCUUUAUGGAUGCAUCCGGAUGGCACAGAUUGGUACCCGACUUGUUCGCCAACCAUCAGACGCCUCAAUUGCUGUGAAUAUCCGUGAUUGUCCUGUG